UAUCCAUGCACUUGCACAACAUUCUAAGGACUGUUUAUAAACAUAAACAAUAAACAAUGUUAUAAUAACAUUCUAUAAGUUCAUGGCUGGAUUGAGUGGCAUGCCAGUGAAUACAUUGCACAUGUUCUUAGGAAUAAUGGUGUGAGCAGUCGUUGAGAUCUGUGCACUGGGAUAGACUGGGAUAGACUGGGAUGGUGUUCAUUGAGAAAACAAGAGCAGUUUGGUCGGAUACAAAGUGCUACAAUGUAGCUGCACCAGUGCUGCUCCUCCUACUGGUGUGGUCUCAAGAUAUUCCCACUCCCUUCUUCUUCAAUAGUCAGGCUCCCACUUAGGCAAAGGGGAAAAUAGAGAGAUCAUCACCCAGCACUUCUGCUUUUGCAGCCUCUCCCUCCCAGUACACUAUGCUGGUUUGCCUGAUAGGACCUGGGCACUUACUGAGGACCCUUCCUUCUAGGAUGAAUGGUAGAGCAGACUCAAGACAUUUGGAUUGCAAAGUUUAAGGCUCUGGGAAUUUCUGGGAAUAUCUGUGCAGUGCAAAGAGGGGGAGACCAGCAAAAAGACUGUUUUAUUUUUCUUACAGACCAACAUGCCUCUUGCCUUUUGGCUACUGGGAUUAGUUAUAAUUCUUCAAGACAUCUUGAAUGUAGCAACAGAAGAGAGACAGAUCAAACUGCACCCAAGACAAGCCAACCUCCUGGAGAGAUUAGGAGAAUAUGAGAUAGUGACUCCCACCAGGGUUAACCAGUUUGGAGAAGCUUUUCCCAGUAAUAUGCAUUUCAAGAGGAAAAAAAGAAGUGUCUCCCCUAAUCCUGAGACUGACCCCUGGACCUCCUCAAGGACCCACUACAGACUUACAGCUUUUGGCCAGCAGUUUUUAUUCAACCUAACAGCCAAUUCUGGAUUUAUUGCCCCUGUUUUUACCGUCAGUGUUUAUGGAAAACCCAAUGAGGACCAGAAAAACCUUUAUAACCAAGAUACUGACAUUGAUCACUGCUUCUACACUGGACAUGUCAACACCAGAAUAGAACACACUGCAGUCAUCAGCCUCUGCUCAGGGAUGUUUGGCACAUUUAAGUCUAACGACGGGGACUACUUUGUAGAACCUCUACUAUCCACCAACGGUAGUGAAUUCGAUGAGGAUCACAAUAAGCCACAUGUCGUGUACCGGCACAACGUACCUCAGAAAAACACAUCCAGGCAGAAGCGGACAUGCGAAACCGCAGGGCAAAAAAAUCAACAAAAAAACAAGAAAAGGGGAAGCCGACACUUGAAAAGUAGAAUAUCGUCAGAUGUGGAGAUUUUAAGAAAAGGACUUUUAGGAAGCCAGGAUCCCUUAUCUAUAAACAAGGCCGAUAAAAUCAAUGAAACAGAAGCACACCGAAGAACAAAACGCUUUCUGUCCUACCCUCGGUAUGUGGAGGUGAUGGUGGUAGCAGACAGCAGGAUGGUUCAGUAUCACGGGGCCAAUCUACAACACUACGUUCUAACGCUCAUGUCCAUCGUAGCCUCUAUUUAUAAGGACCCAAGUAUUGGAAAUUUAAUUAAUAUUGCCAUAGUGAAAUUAGCCGUUAUUCACAACGAACAGGAAGGACCAGCCAUUUCAUUUAAUGCCCAGAAUACCUUAAAAAACUUCUGCAUAUGGCAACAGUCGCAGAACACCCCCGAUGACAGCCAUCACUCACACCACGAUACCGCCGUACUUAUCACAAGACAGGAUAUAUGUAGAGCCCAGGAGAAAUGUGAUACACUAGGGUUGGCUGAACUUGGCACCGUGUGCGAUCCGUAUCGGAGCUGCUCCAUAAGCGAAGACAAUGGACUAAGCACGGCUUUCACUAUAGCACAUGAGCUUGGACACGUAUUCAACAUGCCCCAUGACGACAGUAACAAGUGUAGAGAAGAGGGGUCCAAGAAUCAACAGAACGUUAUGGCCCCAACGUUGAAUUUUUAUACCAACCCAUGGAUGUGGUCAAAAUGCAGCCAGAAAUACAUCACACAGUUUUUAGAUACCGGGUAUGGUGAAUGCCUGCUUGACGAGCCGGUAUCCAGGACAUACACAUUACCCCAGCAGCUGCCUGGCGUCUUAUAUGAUGUCAAUAAGCAAUGUGAGUUUAUAUUUGGGCCGGGAUCCAAGGUGUGCCCCUAUAUGCAAAUGCAGUGCAGAAGACUGUGGUGUAUUAAUAUGGAAGGACCCCACAAAGGCUGCCGCACACAGCAUACGCCGUGGGCCGACGGGACGGACUGUGAGCCCGGAAAGCACUGCAAACAUGGCGUCUGUAUCCCGAAAGUGCGUGAUGUUGUUACAACGGAUGGUUCUUGGGGGUCUUGGAGUCCAUUUGGUGCUUGUUCUAGAUCCUGCAGUGGAGGCAUAAAAACCGCCAUCCGAGAAUGCAACAGACCAGAGCCAAAAAAUGGUGGUAAAUACUGUGUUGGACGUCGGAUGAAAUUUAAAUCCUGUAAUACUGAGCCAUGUGCCAAGCAAAAGAGAGAUUUCAGAGAAGAGCAGUGCGCAGAGUUUGAUGGAAAACAUUUUAAUAUCAAUGGUCUACCUCCUAACGUGCGUUGGGUACCUAAAUAUAGUGGGAUUCUAAUGAAGGAUCGAUGCAAGCUAUUUUGCCGUGUAGCGGGAAGCACGGCCUAUUACCAGCUCAGGGAUCGAGUGCUUGACGGAACGUCGUGUGGACCAGACACCAAUGAUAUCUGUGUACAAGGGCUUUGCCGGCAAGCUGGUUGUGACCAUGUCCUCAACUCGAAAGCCAGAAGAGAUAAAUGCGGCGUUUGCGGUGGAGACAAUUCGUCUUGCAAAACUAUCGCCGGGACUUUUAACUUAGUGCAUUAUGGCUACAAUACCGUGGUCCGCAUUCCAGCCGGGGCGACUAACAUUGACGUGCGUCAACACAGCUACUCAGGGAAGCCAGAGGAUGAUAACUACCUUGCCUUGUCUAACAGUCGCGGGGAAUUUCUACUGAAUGGAGACUUUGUGGUCAACAUGUUUAAAAGGGAAGUCAAACUUGGAAAUGCAGUCAUUGAGUACAGCGGGUCGUCCCAUACUAUCGAAAGAAUUAAUUGUACCGUUCGGCUUGAACAAGAAAUUGUACUUCAGGUUUUAUCGGUUGGUAAUUUAUACAACCCUGAUGUGAGAUAUACUUUUAAUAUUCCUAUCGAAGAUAAACCUCAGCAAUUCUACUGGAACCCAUAUGGACCUUGGCAGGCGUGCAAUAAACUUUGCCAAGGUGAAAAAAAGAAGAAACCUCUCUGCACUCGGGAUUCAGACCAACUAGUUGUCUCGGACCAAAGAUGUGAUCGAAUUCCUCCACCUGAACCAAUAACAGAGCCAUGUAACACUGACUGCGAACUAAGGUGGCACAUCGCCAGAAAGAGCGAAUGUACAGCCCAAUGUGGGAUUGGGUACCGUACCCUCGAUAUCUACUGCGCCAAGUUCAUACGGUCAGAAGGAAAGGCGGAAAAGGUUGAAGACAGAUUCUGUAGCGCUCUGACAAAGCUGAGCAAUAAAGAAAAGUGUAUGGGAGACUGUAACACGGGAGGCUGGCGUUACUCCACCUGGUCAGAAUGUUCUAAAAGCUGUGGCACCGGCACCAGAAGACGAAGAGCCAUGUGCGUCAACUCACUAAAUGAUGUUUUGGAUGACAGCAAAUGUAGCCAGCAAGAAAAACUAACAGAGCAGCGAUGCAGCGACUUCCUGUGUCCGCAGUGGAAGACUGGUGAUUGGUCAGAUUGCCUUGUGACUUGUGGAAAGGGACACAAACAUCGUCAAACUUGGUGCCAGUUUGGAGAGGAACGAUUAAGCGACAGGUUCUGUGAUGCGGAGACCAAGCCUGUAUCCGUUCAGACAUGUCAGCAGCAAGACUGUGCAUCAUGGGAAAUUGGGACAUGGGGGCAGUGUACCGCGCCGUGUGGAUCGGGUUACCAAAUGCGGGCUGUGAGAUGUGUCGUCGGAGCUUAUCGGGCGGUGGUUGAGGACAGUGAAUGUAAUGCAGCGACCCGACCUACGGACACUCAGGACUGUGAAAUAACUCAGUGCCCGGGCGUUAUCGAAACAAAACAAAUUGUGCACAGCAGGACCCAGUGGAGAUUUGGAUCGUGGACACCUUGUUCCGCGACUUGUGGUAAAGGGACCAGGAUGAGAUAUGUGAGCUGUCGAGACGACCAGGGCUCAGUGGCUGAUGAGGCCGCCUGUUCUCAUCUUCCUAAGCCAUCAGCCACCGAAAUGUGCUCCGUGAGACCCUGCGGCCAGUGGAAAGCUCUUGAGUGGAGUUCUUGUUCAGUAACUUGUGGACAAGGCAAAGCGAUGAGACAAGUCACCUGUGUCGAUUUCCAUGGUCAGGCAGUUGACCGAAGCGAAUGUGACCCAGAUGACAUUCCUGCGACUGACCAGGAAUGCUCCAUGUCCCCGUGUCAUUAUAUAAACCAUGAUUUUGGCAAAGCCGUUCAUCCUUUUCCAAACCUGGACCCCAGAGUAAGAUCAAAUCAAUCUCCAGUCAUUCUGAACAGAAAUAACGGUCCUUCACACAGCGGUAACCAGUGGAGAUCUGGACCCUGGGGAGCGUGUUCUAGCACGUGCGCAGGGGGAUUCCAGCGGCGUGUUGUUGUGUGCCAGGAUCACAAUGGCUAUCCUUCAAGUAACUGCGAAGAAAGAAGUAAACCGGUGGAACUGCAGUCCUGUGAAUCUGGACCAUGCCCUCAAUGGGUCUACGGCCAGUGGGGAGAGUGUUCUAAAAAAUGUGGAACGGGAACAAGGACUAGACUCGUUGUGUGUCAGAGGCCUAAUGGUGAAAGAUUUAAUGAUCUAAGCUGUGAGGUCCUCGAGAAACCCCCAGACCGAGAACAAUGCAACAUACAUAGCUGCCCUCUAGAUUCCGGGUGGAAUUCUGGUCCAUGGAGCGCGUGUUCUGUCUCUUGCGGACGUGGUGUUAAAACAAGGGCUGUGUAUUGUGUGACGAAAGAUGGAACCAAUAUUGGCCAUGAAUACUGUAAACAUCUUGCCAAACCAAAUAUACAGAAAAAGUGCAGGGGCGGCCGGUGUCCCAAGUGGAAAACCGGAGAGUGGGGGAAGUGCUCGGUUACCUGCGGCAGAGGAACUCAGCAGAGAGAUGUCCACUGCCUCCUUGGUCCUCAGAAAGCAUCCGCAGACUCCGCGUGUAAUCUUUCCAAGAGACCAGCAUCCGAGCAGUACUGCCAAACGGCGGAUUGUCCGGCUUAUACUUGGAAAGCAGAAGAAUGGCAAGACUGUAGCAAGACCUGCGACGGGGGCUUCAGAUAUCGGAAAGUCGUUUGUCUAAAUCAAGAUAAAAAAGAAGUCCAGAGCGUUAACUGCGAUGAAAACAAAAAACCGUUGGACGUCGAAAGAUGCAACUCACAGUCGUGCGAAUAUGUCUGGAUAACCGGAGAGUGGUCUGAGUGUUCUGUGACUUGCGGAAAGGGCUACAAGCAGCGGUUAGUGUCUUGCAGUGAAGUAUACUCGGCGAAGGAUCACUAUGAGUACGGAUUCCAGGCCUCAGAAAACUGCCCUGGAACGCAGCCACCCAAUGUCCAGAGCUGCCAUCUUGGAGAAUGCCCAGUGUCAUCUUCUUGGAGAGUCGGUAACUGGGGGAAAUGUUCCGUGACCUGCGGGACAGGGUUUAUGCACCGAUCUGUGCAGUGUCUGACCAACGAUGACCUUCCCAGCAACCUGUGCUCUUUAGAGAUGAAGCCUGAGGAGAAGAGGCCGUGCUACAAUCCCCAUGAUUGUGACCUACCAAGGAAUUGUCAAGAUGUUAAAAUACUCAAAGGCAUCAAUGAAGACAGUGAGCAUUACAUGAUAAUCGAAGGCAAAAUAUUAAAGGUGUAUUGUGCUGGAAUGAAGUCAGACAGCCCAAAGGAAUACGUGACUCUGAUGAGUGAUGAGGCAGAGAAUUUUUCUGAGGUUUUUGGCUACAGGCUACAGAAUCCUACGGAAUGCCCGUACAAUGGAAGCAGACGAGAAGACUGCCAGUGUCGAAAAGAUUACACGGCAGCUGGUUUUACUACCUUCCAUAAAGUGAGGCUGGAUCUGGCGUCUCUGCAAAUUAUAACCACGGAUUUACAGUUUGCGCACACUCGUGACGGACGCCCUGUCCCUUUCGCCACAGCUGGAGACUGUUACAGCGCGGUCAAAUGCCCCCAGGGUCGUUUUAGCAUCAACCUCAAAGGAACCGGUAUUUCCGUGUCUGAAGCAACCAAAUGGAUGUCUCAAGGGAACUACGCGGUGACUGAAAUUACGAAAUCACCGGAUGGUACCAAAGUCACGGGGAAGUGUGGCGGCUACUGCGGAAAGUGUACCCCGUCCUCUACAACCGGCCUUAGUAUUCAACUCGUAUAGAACUGGUGCUUUUAUCAGAAAGAAGUAUUCAGAUGGAUAACGAACAGUGUUGCAAUACCUCUACCCUCAACGUCUGUACAUGUGUAGAUAGAUAUGUAUUCCAAAUGGUGUAUAAUAUAAUAUUUAUGUUUGUAAUUAUUUAUUUUGCCUUAAUAUUUCUAUUUGUAAAAUAUGUCUUUGUAGCCCCCCCCCAUGGGAUGUUUUUACAACAACCUCAAGGGGCAGAUCUUUUAUUUUUUUUUUGUGGUUUCUUCUUUAUGUUCCGUCCCGCAGUCCGUCCGCGGCAUUUCCAUGCGCUGCAGCAUGCGUAGCAUUUGAUGUGUUGUUGUCAUGGCUUAUAAUGUGUUUUUCAUCAAACUGUCCAGUUUUACCGGGCUAAUUACCCUGGUUUGGUGCUACGGUAAUAGUUUCCACAACUUGCUGAUUUUUAUAGACAUUAUAGAAUAUAUAUAUA